UUGUAAACAUGGCGUAUGUAUGAUGUUGAUAUUUUCACGUACAUUAACUGAUAAAUCUAAUUAAAUGGAAGUUGCUCCGGUAAAAUAUAAGUCUGAAGGUGUGAAACAUUGUUGUUACGGGACAUGUAAUAGUGACACAAGAUAUAGACAUCGUGAUGACAUGAAGGAUGUGUAUUUCAUUCCUUUUCCAAAGCCCAUCACGCAACGAGAGAAAUGUGAACGUUGGAUUAAAGCAUGUGGGAGACCCAAGGAGGAUUUUAAUGUGGAAAAGAUCAAACGCUGUACAUACAUGUGUAGUAAACACUUCGUCGGUAGUAAAGGGCCAACCGUACUUCAUCCGGACCCACUGCCUGCACUGUUGCACAACGAGGACCAGAUGAACCGUUUUAAGAGGAAAAGAAAAGCUCCCAUACCAAGAAAACAACACGUAAAAAUCUUGAGGAAAGAUGUGACUACAGCAGCUGAAAGUCUUCUUGAGUUGUCCGAAUACACUGGACCAGAUCCAAGUAUUGACAAGGAGUGUACUGAAUCAAUAACAAUAAGAUAA